AACAGACAUGGGAGCUAGGAAGACUCAGGUAGUGGGGGUCUCAGGGAAAGAGGCAGAGAGGUCUUUUCUCAAGCCCAUGGAGUGUGAGGUGGGAGGGAAGACUCUGUCUCAUGAGUUCCUGUACAUGCCUGAGUGUCCAGUUCCCCUUCUGGGCCGAGACAUCCUUUGUAAAAUCAGGGCGCAGGUCACCUUUGGGCCAGAAAAGAUCAUCUUGGCUGUCCCAGAGGAGGAGGGGUGGAGGAUACAGGCUCUCCUGCUUCAUCAGCCCAGCCCAGAGGCUGACCUGAUCCCUUUGGCCAUUCUGGAACAAGUCGACCCUGUUGUGUGGGCCGAUGGGAUUCCAGGGAGGGCCAAGAACGUUGCCCCAGUUAAAAUUGCCCUAAAACCUGACAUCAGGCCUCCUAGGAUUCCCCAAUACCGCAUCCCCCUCGAAGCCAAGAAGGGCCUCCAGCCCAUCAUUGAAAAUUUUCUGAAGCACUCUCUGCUGAGAGAGUGCGCCUCCCCUUACAACACGCCUGUGCUGCCAGUCAAGAAGCCCAACUCAGAUGAAUACCGCUUUGUACAGGACCUCAGAGCCAUCAAUGCCGUUGUGGUGGACAUUCAUCCCGUGGUGCCUAACCCCUAUACUCUCCUUUCCACUAUCCCUCCUUCCUGCUCUUGCUUUAGUGUUCUGGACUUAAAAGAUGCGUUUUUUUCUAUCCCUCUACACGUAGAUAGCCAAGAAAUCUUUGCCUUUGAGUGGGAGCAUGUGGACUCGGCCAGGAAGGUGCAGCUCUGCUGGCAGGUUCUUCCGCAAGGUUUCACCUGUUCUCCUACGAUCUUCAGCCAAAGCCUCGCUUCGGAGCUGGACAGGUGGCCGGAUCGGGACCAGGGGGUCCUUCUCCAAUACAUUGACGAUCUUCUGCUUUGUUGUGAGGAUGUACCUACUGGCGAAAGACUUACCAUCAGUCUCCUCAACUUCCUGGGAGGGGCUGGCUUCAAGGUCUCCAAAAAGAAGGCUCAAAUCUGCAGGGACACUGUGCGCUACUUGGGGUUUGAUGUCUCUCAAGGACAGCGGGCUUUGGGACCGGAGCGGAAGGAAGCCAUCUGUAAGGUCCGAGAGCCCAAGACCAAGAAGCAACUGUGGGGUUUUUUGGGCAUGGCUGGCUUCUGCAGAAUCUGGGUGCCUAACUUCGGACUGCUUGCCAGGCCUCUUUACGAGGCAACCACCGGACCGGAGACUUUCCUCACCUGGACCGCAGAAUGCAGGACAGCCUUCGAUGCCAUCAAAAAAGCCCUCAUGUCUGCACCAGCCUUGGGACUCCCUGACAUGACCAAGCCCUUCUUCCUUUAUGUUCACGAACGCCGGGGGGUGGCAGCGGGGGUGUUGACCCAACCUCUGGGCAACACCAAAAGGCCAGUCGCCUACUUCUCCAAGCGACUGGACCCCACCAGCCUUGGGUGGCCAGCCUGUCUUCGUGCCGUGGCUGCCACCGCUAUGCUGGCUGAGGAAGCCCGGAAGCUGACACUGGGCCAACCAAUGACUGUCUAUGUGCCCCAUAGCGUCCUGGCAGUCCUGGAUGCUAAGGGGACCAACUGGCUGUCAGCAGGACGGCUCACUCGCUACCAGGCUUUGCUCAUCGACCAGGGAGACCUCACCCUGGCCACCACCAACUGCCUCAACCCAGCCACCCUGAUGCCCAUCGACUCAGCCGAAGGGGACGACCAGGAGCCACAUGAUUGCAUCGCCACCAUUGAAGAAGUCUACUCCAGCCGGCCGGACCUCAAGGACCAACCACUUCCCCAGGCAGACUUGGAAUACUACACUGAUGGGUCGAGCAGUGUCCAUCAGGGCGUGAGGAAGGCGGGCUAUGCAGUUGUUACUCUGUGGGACACCAUAGAGGCAGAGCCAUUGCCAGCCGGUACCUCCGCCCAAAAAGCAGAACUCAUCGCCCUCACCAGAGCUCUGGAGCUGGCAGCAGGAAGGACUGUCAACAUCUACACAGACUCUAAGUUUGCCUUCAAUGUCCUGCAUGCCCACGGAGCCAUUUGGAAGGAGAGGGGACUGCUGACCACUGCAGGCAGCCCAGUCAAGCACCAGGCAGAAAUCCUGAGGCUGCUGGAUGCUGUCUGCAAGCCCACUGCCGUUGCUGUCAUCCACUGUCGGGGACACCAGGCAGGAGACCAGGACGCCGCCAGAGGAAACAGGAGAGCAGAUGCCGCGGCUAAGGGGGCCGCCAACCAAACGCCCACCUUCCAGGGAGCCCUCAUCCCGGACACCACCAUCACCAGCCUCCCUCUGUAUGGAACUGUGGACGAUGAGUUUGCUAGGAAGGAAGGACUGACACGGGAUGAGGGUUGGUGGAAGGACAGCCAAGGCCGUCUGCUCCUCACAGAUCCCCUGAUGCGUGAAGUGGCCCUCCGCCUUCACAAAAGCACCCACUGGGGCCAUGAUGCCAUGCUGGAACACCUCCGAUCUUUCUUCAUUGGACCACGCAUGGCCCAACAGUCUAUCUGGGCCUGCAAGCGAUGCCUCCUCUGCCUAAAGAACAACCCCAAGAUCCAGAAGAAGCCAGAAGUGGGGCAUCUCAGGGCAGGACUGCAGCCAGGACAGGUAUGGCAGGUGGAUUUUGCUGAAUUGCCCUCCAGUAGGAAGUACAGAUACCUGUUGGUGUUUGUGGAUUGUUACAGCGGGUGGCCUGAAGCUUUCGCCUGCUAUACUUGUACUGCCAAAGAGGUCGCUCAAGCUCUCCUCCAUGACAUCAUCCCACGUUUCGGCCUGCCUCUCUGCGUUUCUUCGGACAACGGGAGUUCUUUCAUCUCCAAGGUCACCCAACAGGUCUCUCAGGCCCUUCAGAUCCGGUGGGACUUACACUCCAGCUGGCACCCAGAAGCAAGUGGCAAGGUUGAAAGGAUGAACCAAACCCUUAAGAGACAAGUGGCGAAGAUCUGUCAGCAAGCUAACCUACCUUGGCCAGAGGCUCUUCCACUCGCUCUCACUCGAGUCAGGGCUGCCCCUAGGGGCAAGUUAAAAUUAAGUCCUUUUGAGAUUCUUUAUGGUAGGCCUUUUCCUUCUUCCCAGGUUCCCUUGAAGGCUGAACACCUACAUGAGGUGGGCUCCGAAAGCCUUAGAGCUAGACUGUCUUCUCUUACCUCUGUCCUCUCUUCUCUAAACAGGUACCUACUCUCCCACCUUCCUGUCCCCUUGGAUGCUCCAGUCCACGACUUUUCCAUUGGAGAUUGGGUCUUCGUGCGGACGUGGCGACCGGAGCCUCUGACUGAGAAGUGGGUCGGACCUCACCAAGUCCUCCUGACCUCCUACACCGCCUGCAAGGUUGCUGGAAUCCGCGCCUGGAUCCAUCACACCAGGCUCAAGAGCGCUCCUGAACCUGAACCAGCCCCCACCGGCGGUGAGGAAGACAAAGACCUGUGGACUGCUGAGCUGGGAGACGACCUGAAGGUGUUGUUCCGGAAAACACCUCCUCAGGGCCCGCCGCCCGCAAGCUGUCCUGACCCACACCCUCCCGAGGUCCGGAGAAAGACCAAACGCCAGAGACGGAAGCACAAGACCCCAUCCGAGGACCCCUCCAAAUCCCAUCUCUCUAGCACCACGGGAACACCCCCAUUUGGACCUACAAACAUUUGACAGCUCACUUUGACAGCUGUCAAAUCGGCCCUCACUUCAACCCCCCCCCCCCCGCUCGGAAGAACUGACGCAGCGGUUCCACUGGGAGCUAUCCAGCGUGCUGAAUCAGGAGCCCUCUAGCCCGGUGUUGUAUGAAUGGCUUUCUUCUAAAGUAAACUUCUGGCAACAGUUGGCCACAAAAGCCUUAAAUGUCUCAGAUUUUUGCCUGUCCAGUGGAGCCUCAGCCACAGACCUGUUUUCCACCUGUUUAAUUGGCAUUCCAGAACCUCUGGAAAUUUUUAGAAAUUAUACCAUGUUCCAAGACAUCCCAAAGGAUAUGUCUUACAGAGAUCUCUCUAACUGGGGAAGAGUUUCCAUGGACAAGUUGCCCGGCAUGGCUACCAUCCGCCUUGCUCAUGUUCCUCAAGCAGAAAAUUGUUUUCAAAUACCCACCUGCAUCGGUGAGUGCCAUCAGCUUCCCAUUGACAACUCUCUAAAUUGCACACAUAUAGAAAAACUGUCUCAUUUGAAUGCCCAUUUGGUCCUGCCCCCAGGAUGGUUCUUCCUGUGUGGACAGACAGCCUAUGGUUAUCUACCUGCCAAUACCUCCAUGGGGAAUUGUGCCUUGGGUAGGCUGUCUCUUUUUAUGCCUUCCAAGAACGACUUAGAACUGGCACACUCUUUGGGUCGGAAGGCAAGAUCCAUUCAAAACUUGGAUCCAAAUUGUGACCCCUCAGUGGUACUAAAAGGCAUCCCACAAUUUGUGGCGGCUGCAUUGUUCACCCCUGGGGUGGCCUCAGCCAUGAAUUAUAGGGCCAUAAAGCAUCUGGCCUGCGCUCUGGUCAAAAACAUCAAUUAUACCUCUCAAGCCUUGGCGUCAGUGGCAAAGGAAAUGCAUGAGCUGCGGGAGGCUGUAUUAGAUAACAGGGCAGCUAUUGAUUUCCUCCUAUUGAAAAACCACUAUGGCUGUGAGAGUGUAAGGCACAUGUGCUGCUUUAAUUUGACAGACCAGACUCCUAUGAUUCAUAAAUCCAUCGAGGGUUUGAAUGAUUUGGCCUCAGGAAUUAAGGAGAUGACUGGAUUCGACCUUAGUUUUCUGACCGACUGGCUCCCUUCUUUAGACUGGUUGAGGAAAGGUUUUCUCCUCUUUCUAGCCGUAAUCCUUUUCCUUCUAAUAAUAAGCUGCUGCUGGUCGCAUUUGCCCGCUCUGUUCCAAAUUUGUCGCAAAAAGAACCAUUCGAACCCCUCUCAGCAGAUGGCCAUGCUGCCGCUAAGAGGUUAUAAUGCUUAUGCGGUAGGGCAGGGGCGAAAUAGGCUCCGCCCAUCUCGCCCCGCCCUCCCGAGUGGGGGUAUGAUAACCGUCACCCCGGCUUUCAAAUUGAUUUGAAAACGCAGCGGGGAGUUCCGUAGAUCGCUCACCAAAGGAACGGAACGGGACCGCAGCAGACUAUUAUUAGGAGAUCUUUUUAUUUCACUUUCCCCUUCCCUGAACUAUGUAACAAAAUCCCCCAAUAAAAGUAGCAUUUAUUUUAACAAUAA